UUCUCAUACAAUUACAAUCACGAAGGGCAGAUCAUCGGCCACCGUGGUAUCGUUGCUCUGCUUCGACUGCAAUUUCCUCGCGUCCUAUACAUGAGGUACUUUGUACCCGUUCCAUUCGUUACCCAGCUUCUCAUUCACGGCGGUGGUCCCCUUUUACAAUACCCCGGUACAACCCUUUCCGGCGAUCCGCUCGAUAGCGUCCUGCUUUCAGGCUGCGUGUACACUACUCACAACAGGGGGAACAUCACUAAUCCUGACUCUUGCCUCGCCAGUCAUAUCAGCAGUGUAUGCAUACACUAUAACCGAGGCUCCUGUUAGCUCAGGUCCUUAUAGGGUCUUUGGAAAUGGCCUUGACAGUGCAAGUUCGGAGCUGGUCCUUCACGAUAUGGGUUUUGCUCGUGUCAACAUGCCAAUCCUUCUAUAUUCCCGGGUACUCCGUCAUCAGUUAUGAGGAUAAAGAACCGAUACCGCUGCUCGUAAACAAAGUGUUUUCGGAUCGUACGCAAUUACAAUAUGCCUAUUUUGACCUUCCUUUCGUCUGUCCGCCUACAGGCCAGAGACAUGGUGAUUCUACAUUUGGAUCGGGACACAGCAUUUCCUUGAACCUGGGUGAAAUCCUCCGAGGCGAUCGAAUAAUGACCUCCGACUUCGAAUUAGUUAUGGGCCAGGACGUCGGUUGUCGCACCCUCUGUACACGCGAGGUGAAUCGCAAGGACGUCAAAUGGGGCCGUCAGCUCAUCAAAGAUGGGUAUGUGGUGGAAUGGAUUGUCGAUAAUCUUCCCGCAGCCACCAGUUUUGUUACAGUCGAUCGCAGCCGAAAGUACUAUUCUAGCGGAUUUAAACUAGGAUAUCAGGACUACUUCCCCGCCGAUGGAUCAUCACGGUUUUACAUCCAUAACCACUUCACCAUCGUUAUCCGAUGGAGAAAGGCUCCAGGAAAGGCUGGUGACCAAGGAAAGAGUGUUAUUGUCGGAUUUGAGGUCUAUCCAAAGAGCAUUGGCCUUGAGAACCGUGAACAAGAUGGAUGCCCGACGGACGUGCGUGCUGAAAACUCGCAUCUAGAACUGUUCAUCGCCCCGAACAACACAAAAUUGGAGCAAUUAUACACCGACUCAUCAUAUCUCCCGCAACGAGGCGAAGAUGCAGACGAUGGCGCGACGAUGGAAAUCCCUUACACGUAUUCCGUUUUCUUCCGCGAGGAAAAAUCAGUCGAAUGGGCUAACAGAUGGGAUUUAUUCUUCACCGAUCAGGUUGACAGCUCGAUGACCCAUUGGCUUGCGAUUAUUAAUUCGCUGACAAUAUCGGGCGUCCUUGGCGUGACAGUCAUUGUGAUUUGGGGUCGAACAGUGCAGGGCGAUACCAAGGGCCGCGGAGAUGGCGUCAUGGAGGAAGGCAAAGCUAAGACUCGUUCAGCGAGAAAGUCACAAGGAGCGGCGGAGGAUGACUCAGGCGAAGGGCUUCUCGAUCAACAGAGUAAAGGAGAAGCUGAGGCCGAGUCCCCAUCUGAUGACGAAUUGGAGGAUGUUUCAGGAUGGAAACUACUUCAUGCAGACGUUUUCCGUCUGCCGGUACAUAGUGGUCUCCUGGCUCCUUUAGUAGGAUCUGGUACACAGCUGCUCUUCGUGGCAGUGGGUCUUCUUAUCCUCAGUAGUAUCGGAAUUCUAAACCCUAGCUUUCGAGGUGGCUUUGUCACUGUUGGAUUCGGCCUGUUUGUCUUCGCGGGGCUUUUCUCCGGCUACUUUUCAGGUCGGCUUUACAAGACUCUCGGUGGCCAGCAAUGGAAGAAGAAUACGGUUCUUACCGCUUCGCUGUUCCCUGGGUUGACGUUUUGUCUGAUAUUUGUUCUGAACUUGUUUGUCUGGGCGCAAGCUUCCAGCACCGCACUACCUUUCGGUACGCUUAUCGGACUUGUUGCCCUGUGGCUACUGGUCCAAGUUCCAUUGGUAUAUGCUGGCAGCUGGUUCGGAUAUGUACGCGGGGCGCCAUGGCAGCAUCCAACAAAGACAGCCGCGAUUGCGCGGCAGAUCCCCAAGCAGCCGUGGUAUCUUCGUGGUGCCAAUGGUAUUCUGCUGAGUGGACUGAUCCCAUUUGCAGUCCUCUUCAUUGAACUGCUAUUUGUCUUCAAAAAUCUUUGGCAGGACAAGAGCGGCUACUACUACGUGUUCGGCUUCUUGAGCGUAGUCAGCACUAUAUUAAUUGUCACCGUGAGUGAGGUAACCAUUAUUACGACAUAUAGCCAACUAUGUGCCGAGAACUAUCACUGGUGGUGGCGAAGCUUCCUCACUGGUGGCAGCAGCGCCUUUUGGAUCUUUGCUUACUGUAUUUGGUAUUACAUGUUCAAACUGCACAUCACGGGAGUUGUCUCAAGUCUCCUGUUUUUUAGCUAUAGCUUUCUCGCGUGCGCUGUCUAUGGACUGCUCACUGGGACAGUCGGUUUCUUGACGGCGUACGCAUUUAUUAGAAGGAUAUACAGUGCUACCAAGAUCGAUUGAUCCAUAGCGGCCUUUUUACUCGUCACGCAGUACACGAUAUAUAUUUCAUAAUUGUUCCUAGUCUUUAGCAUGGCGUUAAUUUAAGGAAUUUAAUAUCUUAUAUAAUUAUCUGAUGCCCAUUUGGGAUUAUUC